CCGUAUAACGAAUAAGAGUUUGCGAACGUGGCUCUUAGGAGAGACGUUUUAUUUCUCUGUAUGGUUAACAAUUUUAAGAGCAUUUAAAUGUCUAAUAUAUAUUGUACAUAGUAGUUUGAAGAAUGUAGUUUUUCAUGAUGUGAAAUUCAUGCGUAAAUAAUAAAGUGUUUAUAUGUUUUCGAAGUCCAGAAAAAGCUAUCGGAGGAUUUGCUACUGCGCAAGCGCAGUCUGCUUCUUCGUCUUCGCCUGCCUUCCAAAGCCAUGGAGGGUAAGCCUAGCAUAUCAGAAAUGGCGACCGAAACGGACUCUGAUGUCACAAAAUUGAAGGGGACAAAAAUUUUAGUAUUGGUAGAAGAUGCUUUAAUCGACGUUCUAGUGGUCUCUUUUCAUAUAGGAGAUAAAAUAUUUCAAGGAGCACUACUGGAUAUUACUAAAAAGAAUAGUCCAUAUGGAAUAGUACCACCACCGACACCACCUGUGUUACCUAAAGAGGAGGAUGGGUCUACUAAUAAUCCAGAAGGAACUGAAGAGAAAACAGACAAAUUAUAUGCUCUAAAGCAAAGACAUACAUAUUAUCAAGUCCCCCCUGGUUCUUCGCAGUUUUUCUUUGGACCGUGUAGACCUUAUGCACGAAAUGCUAAAGAUAAAAGUGUCCGUAUGCGGAGGCUUCGUCCUCGCAAAGUAUUGUGUUCUAAUUGUCAGGGAAUGUUUAGUGAUAAUGACCCCAAUCAAAAGAAAGUAGAGGGUGUUGUGACUCGAAAUAAUGCUAGCAAUAAAAAUAUACACAAUGCUAGUACAAACGAGACUGAAAAUGGUGCUAAUACGGGUAGUGCAACAAAUUCAAAUCAAAGGAUAGCCACUAGAAGUACAAAAACUGAUUCAACAGACAAAAAUGACAGUGCCUCAACUAACACUUCAAGUACAGACUUAAAAAAUGGUCCUUUAUUAGAAAAUGCUGAUUCUAAUUUCUUGUCAAGAUCAAAUCUAAAAAGUGAAAAAAUGGUUUUAAGGAAGAGAAAGUCCACUGAACUUGAAAGCUCAGACUCUUCUGCAAUGCCUUCUGAGAAAUUGAAAAGGGUUGAUACAUUAAAAAUAGAAGAAAAUGAGCCUGUGGGCACUGGAGUUGGAAAUGUCACAUCUUCUAAACCUGGUUUAGCAAAAACAAGUCCUGUGAUCAAAAUUUCUUUUGCUAAUCCUCAAGGACAGGAUACUGUUCUAAAAAUUCCUGCUAGGAUUCAAAAUGCUAGUGAUACUGAAGAAGAUAGCAAUUGGUCUUUGCAAGAGAAUUCAGACUAUAGUACGAAAAACUUUUCUAGUGCGAAGGCUGCCAAGAAAGCUUUAAAAAAGGCUAAGAAAGAAGCUCAGAAAAGAGCAUCAACUACUUCAAACUCCACUACUACUGCAGUUUUAAGUCCCAGCAAUGAAAAUGGUGAUAUACAUGCUGCAGAAAAAGAAAAACACCAUCAUCAUAAACAUAAAGUGAAAAGAAAACGAAAGCACAAAAAUGGUGAUACUGAGACUGAGAAAUAUGACCUAGAAAACACUGAUACCCAUAAUGUGUUCAAUACAAAUGGUAAUGAUGGGUGGUGCCUGAGGACAAGCUUUGCAGGAGAUAUUAAUGUUGUUCCUGGAGAGCUGAAUAAGCAAACAAAUGUGUUUGAGGAUGUGAAAAGUAAAUGUCUUCAUCAAAAACUGUCUAUUAGUUUAAAACGUUUAAAUGCCAAAGCUUAUAUGAGGUGCAGUCCUAAGUAUUCUAUUGAAGAAGACUCAGUAGCUAGUGAUGUAAGUACUGCUAGCAACAUUAGUGUUUGUUCUGGAUCCGGUAGUGAUUAUGGCGAUGUGCCGGAUUUCCCAAAGCAUUCUUCGCCUCUCAGGGACAUGGACAAGGUGAAACCACUGAUGAUGAGGAUAAGUACCCAUAAUGUAAAAAAGUGUGUUUUAGACAUAGGUCGUGAGAUGGCAGUAGGUGAUAUUGUAUGGGGUAAAAUUCAUGGAUUUCCUUGGUGGCCAGGUAAAGUUCUAGCAUUGAAUGUUUCUCAGAGGGACAAUGGAGCAAUGCUGAAUCAGCAAGCUCAUGUGUCAUGGUUUGGGUCUUCAACAUCUUCCUUUAUGCCUUGCAACCAAUUAACUCCAUUUUUGGACGAUUUUAAAAUUAGGUUUAAUAAAAAGAAGCGAGGUCCCUAUAAAGAAGCUAUUAAACAGGCCAUGCACGAGGCACAGUUGCCUCAUAAAGAUAUAAGUGAUCUUGGCCUCAUCACAUCAUAGCAUAGGUUUUCAAUUAGACUUUUUUUAUAAUUAUCAUCAGAAACUGAUGCCAAUUAUAGCUUUAGUGCAAUUUUUUUGUGCUUUCAAAAAGUUCUGUUUUGCCCCCUUUAUUUUUGCUAUUUUGAAAUAGUAUAUUGUUUAUUGUGAAAAUAUAUUCAGAAAUAUGCAUUUAAUAGUGUACCAAGUAUCUGGCAUGUGACUGUUUUCCUGUGAGUGUGAAAUCUUUUCACGUUUACCUGCACCUAUUUCUGGCAUUGCUGUGAUGACUGUGUAAAUAUAAUAAAGAGAUUGAUGUUAUCAUUUUAUAUGACUUUCUUUCAAAUAUUCAUUCUAGGUGCUCUUUUCACUAUUUGUUAAAAUUUAAAUAAUAUUUUGAUUCUUCAUAUAUGCUGAAGUUAGUAUCUGCUUGUUAUAUACUUUCUCAAAGAUAUGAAUUUUAUGGCUUCUCAAAGACUUAAAUGUGUUAAUAAAUCAUAAAUUACAAACCUAUAUUUUUUGAAGUGACACUUUGUGAUGUAACCAGUGUGUGUUCUCAAAAAAUUAAAUAUUUAUAUUACAACUGUAUAGUACCAUGAUCAUAAUUGAAAAUUAUUUUGAUAUUCCAUAAAUAUGUAUUAUUGUUAUUUUCAAAUAUUUUUUUCAAAUUUUAUUUCCAUAAGAACAUCUGUAGUCUAGUUCAUGAAAAUUGUUGUUAUUAUUAUUAUUUAACUUUUUUUAGUAAUAGGAAGAGAGUUGUUAAACCAUUUUUGGUCAUCUUCAGGUAAAUUCCAUUAUUAAUUAUGAAAAUCAUUCCUGUAUAUAACAUAAGUAUUACAUAUAAGGCAAAUUCUUCACCCAAAGUCAUACAAUUUUCAUGGUUUCACACUCACAGAGUGAUUACUUAAAAAAGGCCUUAUUUUGUAAUAAAUUGUUUCAAACUAAUAUAGUGCAGUUUUAUUAUGUACAUGUGUCAGAAGUAUCUCAGAAUACAGUCUUUCAUUACUACAUAUAUUGAAAAAAGAGUUUAAAUUUUGAUUUGUAAAUGUCUCAGAGUUCUGCUUAUUUCUUCAUCUUUCAUUUUAUAUGAAAUUACCAUCAUUGCUAUCUAGUGUUUAAUUCAUUUUUUAUCUUCAAAUUCACUUAGGGAAAAUUUGCAUGUAACAUCUUAAUAAGUUUAGUUUAUAUUUAAUCAGCUAACUUCUUAGCUAUACUGAGGAUUCAAGCCAGAGCUGCUUUUAUUGCUUACAUCCUUAAAGCAUAUAGAAGUUCAUAUUUCCUCAUCUAACUUUCAUAGAAUUUAAGGUGAAGAUCAACUUGAGUAAGAAUUAUUAAUGUGAUUUGGUUGAUUUCAUGUUUUAAAAAUAAGUUUUUAAAGACAUUUUAAUUCUUUUAAAAUAAUUUUAUAAAUUAAGAUAUAUGUUUAGCUUUAAAAUUAGCUGUGUCAUUUCUUUAUCAAAAAAGCAAUGUUACACAUUUAGUGUGUGUGGGGGGGGGGGGAGGAGCUAUCAGAAUUGUUUUGUAAAAACUGUUUUUUUAGUGGUUUAAAAUUUUGGAAAUUUUUUAUGUGUUUAUUGUGGUAUGUAAAUUAAUUUUUCUUAGUCAGAUAAUUUUUGAAGUAUUAUUUAUCUGUCUAGAUCUCUGGAGGGCAUAGCUAAAUUUAAGAUUAAAUUUGCUUCUCAGGGUUAAAAAAUUAUCUGGUAAAUGUAAGAAAAUGUAGGUAUGACAGAAUCACUGGAGAAUAUCAGAAGAAUUCUCAAGAAUAUUGAAAGUUUGAUAGACGUAUUGAAAAUAGAUUUCGUUUUAGGAAUAUGUCUGUAAAAGUAUAAUGUAACUAGUUAUGAAUUUGGAAAAAGAAAUGCAUUCUUUUGCUAUUUUCUAGUUAUGGAACAUGUUAUUUUUAAAGAUUAUUAUAUUUUCUGAUUUUUGCUAAAUUUCCGUCUCUCUUUCCCCUUUUUACAGUAAAAAUUUUUUAAAUAUUUUUGUUCUUAUGUUCUUGGAAAAUUUCUACUAGAAGUAAUAUAUUAAAGUAAAAAAUAAUGUUAAUGGUACCUUGUUAUUUUGUACAAUGGAUUUAUAAGAACUAUUUGGUAAGCAUAUAUAUAUGUUAAAUAAUUAUUCUUUUGCUCCAAACAAAUUUAUGCUAGUUAAUUGUUGCAUAUUAUUUUUCAGUAUCUCCUUUAGUAAUAAGUAAUGUACUGUUACUAAAAAUGGCUAUAAAUGAAAUAUCAUGUACCAUAAGUUUGCAAAAGCUUUGUUUCUUGCAUCUCAAGUUAGAUGCAAAGUGAAAGCAUCUUUUGAUUUUUAUUUAAGAUUGAAAAUAUAAUAGCUUAAAGUUAGUUCUUUGUCAGAAAUAUUUUCUAAAAUCCAACAUAUUGAUUUCUUUGGUAGAAGGAGAGGUAUCACUUAUCAUUGAUGUUGGUGUUAAAUAAUAUUAUUUACUUGUUAUUUAACACAAACAUCAAUGAGAAGUGAUACCUCCCCUUCUACCAAAGAAAUCAAUACGUUGAAUUUUACAAAAUAUUAUCUACCAUAGUUAUCUUCCAAUAAAAAAAGUUAUCUUCCAUAGUUGCAGUGGAGAGUUUUUAUAAAUUUAAAGAAAGUAAAUUAUUUAAUAUAAGUAUUCUUUGGGUAUACUUUGCAGAAUGGAAGAGCAAAUGCUAAAAGUCAUCCGGUUCAUCUUUUUCUGGCUUGAAUCCUAAUUGAGUUUUAAGUAUCAUUACCCAUCACUAUCACAUAGAUUUUAAUUUCCAUGUUGAAUGAGGAUAUGCUGUUGUACAGUUAAGAUGCAUAUUAAAAAAAAUGUACUGCUGUACAUUUUGUAAACUAGUUUUUCUAAUUCAUUGCUCUGUUUUUGAUGGGCAUUAUUUUGUACUUUCGUCCCCACUGGUUGUACAGUGGGGGAGUAGUGUAUUAACAAUUAGAAUAACUUUUAUUUCAGUCUUGAAUGUUGUUUCAAUCUCUUUGAAUUCUUCAUUCUUCUAUUUUAAUAAAAAUGUAAAUUUUAUUCAA